CUUGUGUGUACACACCUUCUCCCUAAGGACCAAAUUGGCACUCCGUGUCAUUAAAAGUUGUGAAGACCGUAAUACGAAAACGUUCAGUUCACCUCCACUCGUUUGAAUGAGAAGUUUGGAUAAGACAUGACUCACACUGAGAUGGACAAAACAUCCCCUGACACGGACAUGAGCCAGAAGGAGAACCUGGUUGAGAAGGUCCUGACCCUGGGCGUGGCACUGCCUGGUGGUGUGGAGAAAACCGUUACAAUACACGGGAGCAAGCCAGUGAUGGACCUAUUUAUUAUUCUCUGUGCAAAAUACCACCUGAACCCAUCCAACCACACUGUUGAGCUAAUAUCCACCAGUGGGAACUGCAUAAAGUUCAAGCCAAAUGCACCGAUUGAAACUCUUGAAGUAAAGAAAAUGCUGAUCAAACCCAAAGGAAUGGCCAACAAGAACAGGAAGCAGAGCCCUUCAAUGCCAGAGGCUACCGUUCGCCUUGUCAUAAACUACAAAACUGCACACAAGACCGUGGUGAGGGUCAGCCCCCUGGUCCCUGUCGAGGAGCUAAUGUCUGCGAUUUGUGCAAAGUGUGAACUUGACCGAAGUACCACAGUUUUACUGAGGAACCCCUGCUCAGAAGAACCUCUGGACUUAGCACACUCCCUGAAUGACUUUGGCUUGAGAGAGGUCUAUGCUGUGGACUCAAAAGGCGUUUGCUCAGACAAAUUGCCAGCCUCACCAAGAAAUGAAGAAGAUGAAAAUGUAUUAAGAAAAGACCAAGUGCUGAAGGAGAAAGAAAACAAAGGGUUGUUCAGCAUUUUUAGAAGAAGCAAGAAGACACCAGAUCAGGUGGCCAGUGUGAGUGCCUCGGUGUCUCCAGCCUUGACCAAAGAUGGUGGCCAUGGACCCACAGGCAGCUCUGCAGGGCUCUCCAUCGCACCAAAGAAGAGACGGGCUCCCCUGCCCCCCAUGAUGGCAUCCCAGUGUUUCCCCUCCAACCUCAGCAAUCUUCACACUGACUCUCUGUCCCACGCCAAACCUGAUAAGGGUCAGGAGGACUCUGGAAUCGGUCAUGGCUCUCUGAAAGGUUUGAAGAGGAAGGCCCCUCCUCCCCCUGUGCUCCCCUGCAUAAGUACACCAGAGGAACUCAAGCAGGAUAAGAGCAUUAAAGUGGUGGCCCUGAGUAACCUGGAGGAGAUCAGUGAGCAGGAGGUGACGGUGACUGCUGCAGUCCUGGAUAUCAGUACUGCGCAUGCUGUUAAAGACAAACCAAACAGCCUCGAUUUAUCGGCUGAGGUUUCAAUGGAUUCUGGGAAAACGGAGACCGCCUCAUCACCAGCGAACACAGAGAUACAGGAUACUUCACUCAAACAGGACAUGGGGGAAGAACAACCGGAAUUGGAGCCAGAGAGCAAGGAUUGCAAUGAGGAAACACUGGAAGUUGAAGAGACCCAUACUUCUGAGUGGGAAAAUACAGUCUCUGCAGACUGUGACUCAAGUUCAGCAGAAGAAGGAACUGAAAAAACAUGUCUAUCAGGAGAAAAUGGCAAAACUCCAGCAGGCUACAGCAAUGAAAUGGCCAUUUCCAAGGAGGAGCCCCACUGUAGAGAGAGACCACUGCCUGCAGUAACUGAGGAAUCACCAGCACACACUGUGUGCCAAAAUGGAGCCGGAUCCUCUCCCUCUCCUCUGAAGGAUUCUGAGUCCUCCAGUGAGCUGGCGAGGCAGUACAUACCCAGGGCUGGGUUGACCACUUACACCAUUGUGCCUUCAAAAUGCUUGGGGAAGCUAAAGUACUUCGAGGUGGCGUUGACCCUUGAGGAUCCAGCUGUGGCUUUGAAGGAGAAUGACGCUAUAGGCUCUCCCAUGCUCUCCACCCCAGAGUCUGGUGAAGCCCAGGUCUCAGUCAGUGAAUCUUCCAAAACACAGGAGGAGGAUCUCAGUGAUGAGACUGUAAUGGUUGAAAAUGCUGUCUGUGGUGACACGGCUCCCACUCUCCCAGCCCCUGCUGAAGCACCUGAAGCAGAUGAAGAUAACAGCCAACCCUCGUCAUCUUACAAUGGGGCCUUUGAGGCAGGACCAGAGCAGGACGUCAAAGAAAGGAAAACUCCUCCAGCAACAAAGCCCAAACCACUCUCUUUCCGUUUGCCACAGCAAACGAGAACCUCUGUAGAAGAUGUAACCUCAGGAGCAAGCAAGAGCAACACUUUUGCUCUUUCUCACUGUGGUCAAGAGGAUGAGGAGGCCUCGGGGAGGGCAAGGAAAGGGGAAGCAACGGGAGCUGAGGAGGAGAACGGCAUCCCACCGGUGCCCCCCUACCCACCUCCCCCUCCUCCUCUCCCUUCUACAGGGCCGAAAGCUACAGAGACGCAGCAGGAAGAUGAGCUAAAGCCCAGAGGAAUGAGUAGUUUGGGCGAAGGCAACACAAUAUACACCACCAAUGAGCUGGUUUGGCCAGCAGAACUGAGCCUGGAGAAGCUUACAAGCUUGGCCACACCCAAACCAUACAAGACCGUAGAGCCAUCCACCUUCUCCAAGGCAGUGUUCACUGUGUCGAAGAGAUCCCAGCGCUUCGCCACACCCACUCAGCCUCCUGCUCCAAAAUGUGGGAUUGUUAGGAUGUCGGCAGAUGGGGAAAAAUAAAUGCCUGUGACUCAAGGAAUUCCCAUCGUUAAGGUGCUCUACUCAAGUCUUAUACACCCAAAGCCACUUCUACCAGGACUACCACAAUUCCUAAAAGACAAUGUAUUACUUACUGAUCUUUUACAACAAGUAAACUCAUAAACAAAUCCAUUAGCACAUUAACUUCAUUAUCCAUUAACCUCAGUGUUCAGUCCAUUGAACUUUGUUUGGCAUGUUGCUCUUUGUGAGUUCAGUCAAGGCUGCUGCUCAGGUUAAACCACCUGGCAUGAACCACCUGUAUCAUCCAGGGUUUCUCUGGUUUACUUAAUGGCUGCAACUUUCCCCACCUGGGGCCAGAUCACUCCAUGACCCAACACAAAUCCCAGGUAUUGUGUUUCCUCCUUAGCUAUGGUCCAUUUCUUUGGGUCAAUAGUCAAUCCCACAUUUCAACCCUCUCAUAGCACAUACAUGGACUGUAUGGGAGCAGCCGGUAUGUAAUGCUAAAAGGGGUUUCAAAUUCAGCCAUACAGUUGUAACUGGCUCUCUGUCCUGUUUGAGAUGUGCAUUUCCUGUCACAGGCCUUGACACAGAUCAGUAGUCUUAGAGUUCUUAAUUGGACAUUAUGCCCUGCCUCCCCACAGCCAUAGCAAAUAAUUAGACCCCUUUCAUUUCAAUACAUUUAUUCUCAAUCAAUGUUUUUUAUUGAGUAAUUAAGAUCUCUUUUUUUCUGAAAACCAUAGGUGUCAAAAUUAUUGGCACCCCUAACAAUUAUUGUAAAUAAAAUCAUUACAUUACA